AUGAUUCACCUAACUUGCCACUUGGCAUGGGAGGCAAAAGUGGCCGGUCCAGUACAAUUCAGGUGGAUGUAUCCUAUGGAAAGGUAUUUGCAUAAGCUAAAGACUUAUGUUCGUAAUAAGGCUCAUCCAGAAGGGUCUAUUGCCGAAGGUGUCUUGGGAGAUGAGUGUUUAAUAUUUUGCUCUCGCUAUUUGCAUCGAGUUGAAACUAAGUUUAAUAAAAGAGAUAGAAAUGACGAUGGAGGUCAACCGUCAUAUGAUGCAUCUCCGUUAUCUAUUUUCUCAACACCUGGUCGAGCUUUUGGGAAAGGUGUACUUAGAGAGAUGAGCAUCGAACUUCAUAAGGCUGCCACUCAUUAUGUCCUGCAAAAUUGUGAUGAAGCUUUUCCAUUUGUCCAAGAACAUAAGAACGUUCUAAUCCAGUCUAGUGUUGAUAAUGUGGAGGAGUCACAUAGGCUUCAAUUUUCAAACUGGAUUUCUAAAAGGGUCACAGAACUAUACAACGAUGGUAAAGUUAGUAAGCAAAUGCUUUCUUUGGCUCAAGGUCCUGAAAGGCGACGUGAUGAGAAUAAAAAAACACAAAAUAGUGGAGUUAUGGUUAAGGGGGAGAAUCAGAUUGACGAUGUGCCUUGGUAUGGAACCUUAGUAGAUAUUGUUGAACUCCGUUACACAGAAGGAAAUAGAGUUGUAUUGUUCAAUUGUGAUUGGUAUGACAUGGCACGAAAAGGAACAGGUUACAAGAUAGAUCGUUAUGGAAUAAUCACUGUUAAUACAACACGCAAGCUAAAUACUCAAGAGCCAUUCGUACUAGCAAGCCAAGCAACCCAAGUUUUUUAUGUGAAGGGGGUUAGAAAUAAAAUUUGGAGUUUUGUCGUGGAAACAAAUCCAAGAAAUGCUUAUGAGACGACUAAUGAUGAGAUUGAGCCAUACCAAGAAGCAGAGACUCAAAUUCAAAGCAUGCAUGCCAUCCAAAAUGAUGUUGAAGACAAUGAAAUUGAUUGA